UUUCAUUGUCUAGGUUAUAUUUUAUUCGUCGACUACGGUAUUUUGAAGUAAUUUUUAAUUAAUUCUCGACGAAAAUGGCUAACAUUAAUCUACAAUGCUUGUUGGGAAUACAGUGCAAUGAUUUUGUGAUGAUAGCGGCUGACCAGUCGGCUAGCCACAGUAUUAUGGUGAUGAAAGAUGAUGAGAACAAGAUCUACAAAAUAUCCGAUAGGUUGGCGAUGGGUGUCAUAGGUGACACUGGUGAUACGACACAGUUCGCCGAAUAUAUCGCUAAGAACAUUCAGCUUUACAAGAUGCGCAAUGGCUAUGAGCUGGGGCCUACGGCGGCUGCUAACUUCACUCGUCGAAACCUUGCCGAGUAUCUUAGAAGCAGUAGUCCAUAUUUUGUAAAUUUGUUGAUGGCUGGUUAUGACAAAGAGAAUGGUCCAGAGCUGUACUUUAUGGAUUACCUAGCAUCCAGUGUGAAGGUACCAUUUGCAGCUCAUGGUUUUGGUGGUUACUUGAGCUUGAGCGUCUUGGACCGUUACUAUAAGAGAGAUGCUACUGAAAAAGAAGCCUAUGACAUCAUGAAGAGCUGCGUGGCCGAGAUCCACAAGCGUUUAUUUGUCAGCCUACCUAACUUCCAAGUUACAGUGGUAACCAAGGAUGGCGUGAAAGAACUGCCUGUCAUCAACUCUGCUGCACUCAAGUGAUUUUUUAAUUUUUUAAGGUUAAUAUAAAAGGUUUUUUAUAUUAUGAUUUUUUUUUAUACUUGUUAAAGAUUGUUCAAAUUUAGAGCAAAUGUAAAUGACAUGGAUACAUUUCCUU